GAGAGCCUGCCUACCAGCGCCUCCCUCUACACGCACAUGACGGCCGGGGCGGUGGCCGGCAUCCUGGAGCACACGGUCAUGUAUCCCGUGGACUCCGUCAAGACUCGGAUGCAGAGUUUGCAACCUGACCCCAAAGCCCAGUACCGAAGCGUCUUUGAGGCCUUGAGGAAGAUUGUCCGCACGGAAGGCAUCUGGCGGCCGCUGCGAGGAAUUAACGUCACCGUCCUCGGAGCCGGCCCGGCUCACGCGUUGUAUUUUGCCUGCUACGAAAAAAUGAAACGCACUUUAAGUGACAUUAUCCAACAUGGAGGCAACAGCCACCUGGCCAACGGUAUGGCUGGGAGUAUGGCUACUCUUCUUCAUGAUUUGCCAGUGGUGAAGCAGCGCAUGCAGAUGUACAAUUCUCCGCACAAGACAGUCACGGAUUGCAUCAGGACCGUGCAUCGGACGGAAGGCCUGGGUGCCUUUUACCGUAGCUACACCACCCAGCUCAGCAUGAACAUCCCUUUCCAAGCCAUCCACUUUAUCACCUACGAGUUCACGCAAGAGCAACUCAACCCCCAGCGACAAUACAACCCUUGCUCGCACAUCAUUUCGGGGGCCGUGGCGGGAGCAGUGGCGGCCGCGGCUACCACCCCCCUGGACGUUUGCAAGACCUUGCUCAACACUCAGGAGAACGUGGUGUUGAGUUCCGUGAACAUUAGCGGGCAUCUCUCUGGCAUGGCCAACGCCUUUAGAACGGUCUAUCAACUGGGAGGGAUCCCCGGGUACUUUAAGGGAGUCCGAGCACGUGUGAUCUACCAGAUGCCUUCAACUGCCAUCGCCUGGUCCGUCUAUGAAUUUUUCAAGUACAUCCUUACCAAACGCCAGUUGAAGAAAGGCGCUCCUUGUUGACGGAUCACCCCUAGCAACUGCAGACAAAAUAUCUGAGGAAGCUGUUGGCCUCUCUCUCUCUCUGUAAACUUCACCAGGUUCUUGAUGGCCGUUUGUAAAGAGAGCUGGUGGAUCCCUGACUGGAUUAUAUCUCUCUCUCUGUGUGUGAGCGUGUGUGUUUGUGUGUGCGCGCACACCGCAGUGUCUUUUGGAGAGAAGGUGGUUCUCUACCCCUUUCUCCUCCUGCUUUGGCUGAACCAAAAUGUUUAUUCUUCUAGACGUGUAUUUAUAGUUUUCGAGGGCGUUGAUAAGCAUGAUAAGAUUUGGACAAGU